CUUCCACUUCCACGACCACCCAACCCCCCAUAGUGCUGCUGGACGGUGGUGGAGUCAUCGCUUUCGUUUUUUUCGGCAGCACGUGCCGCUCGGUGUGUGCCGAAGUGGUCACCCCACCCGGCCGGUGAAAGGAACUGAACGAACGAGCAAACCAACGAACGGGAAAAACUAUCAACCAGACGAGGAGAGGAGAGGGGGUGAGGUUGCAAACUGUACUGGUUGGUGCGUGUGUUUGUGCGGGGAAAAGCCGAAGCAAAGCGAGAAGCAACCGGCAAGCAUUGUGUAGUAGUUGCCAGCAGUGUGCCAUUUCAUUUCAUCUCCCGUUUUUCACAUCCAAUCCAAUGCGUAGUAAGCCUUGCGGAACCUUAGUAGAGAGAGAGAGGUGGUGGUGGUGGUGGAAAACGAUCGAAGCAAAACAAAACCCGAUGAGCGAAACCGGGCGAAGACAGCGGCGCACAGCUUGCUGUGGUUUGGUUUGGUUUUUUGUCUCGUCCUACUGCUGCUGCCGUUUUUUUUUUAUCUUUUUCGCACGUCCAAGACGAACCGAAACGGGAGGAAGGCUUGUGCCGUUGGUUUGUGGGUGCAUCUAUAAAAAUGCGCCCGAUCGAAGUCGGAAGGCAGCAUUAGCGAUUUGUCGGUUCGAUUGAUAGGACGGUGGUGUGGUCUAGUACAUCUCUCGGGUUGGUGCGUUUGCAGUUCGUUUGCAGUUUGCAGCUCGAUGCCAUUCGGUGCAGUUUGGUUGUUUCUGUAACGCGUGUUUUGUUUGCAAUUCGCUCACUAUAUUACCGCUGUGCAGUUCGCUCGUUGCUCAUAAUUAACGCCGGAAGUGGUGCUACUACUACUACUGUGGGGUGGUUUGUGAUUGAUACAGAUACCGAGAAAAGUGAACCAACGCGAUUUGUUGUGCUGUUGUGUUUCGGUGCUGUUUGAACAACGUUUUCCUGGAGUAAUUACAUUUGUGCUUCCGCAGAGACCGUAGCGUCGCGACUCCUAACGCCAUGAAGUCCGUUAACGUCGCCCUCGCCGUUGGAUUGGUGGUUUGCCUGAUUGCUAUCGAUGGCAUCACGGCCCGUUCGACCGUCGACCGCAAGAAGGACUACGACUACGAGUACGAAUCGGGCCUCUCGGGUGGCGGUGGCGGCGGCAGCAGCAGCAGCGGUAGCCACCUGUACGGUGGCAGCAGCUACUCACCGAAAUCGGGCUACAGUGCCGGCAGUGGGCUCCGCUCGAUCGCCCAGGGUUCCGCCGAUCAGGCCAACUCGGCCGUCGCUAACCAGCAUGCCGCAGCCAAGCAGGCUGCGUACGUGGCGCAGAACACGCUCGCCCAGGCGGCUUCCCAGGCGGCCGCCACGGCCCAGGCCGCCCUCGCCGGGAAGCACGUGCUGCUGCAGGGGCUGGAGCAGCAAAGCCUCGAGGCGCACCAGGCGCUCGAUGCCGAGAUCCAGCAGCUGCAGCAAGCGAAACGAUCGGCCAAGGCGGCCCAGCACGCAGCCCAGCAGGCGCUCAACCACGUGCAGGUGCUCCAGUCCGCCCUGAACAAUGCGCAGGUGGCGGCGGAACACGCACAGCAGAGCGCUAGCGAGGCGGCGGCCGAGCUCGCCUCCCAAACGCAGAUGGUCGGUACGGCCAAGCAGCGCGUCGAGGCGCUGGAGGAGCAGCUGAAUGCGGCCCGCGUCGACUUUGAGGCAACGCAGGAGGCGGCCCACAAGGCGGCCGCGUCGGCCCAGGAAGCGCAGAACAAUGCGGCGGAAGCGGCAGCCCACGCCGCCAUCCCGCUCGUGCACGUGGCCCAGUCGAUCGAUCACGGCAGCAGCCACACGCUGCAGGCCAAGAUCGGUAAGGCCGGCCCGAGCACGAAAUCGUUUGGCAAGCAGCACCAGCAGCAGCACCAGCAGCAGCAACACGAGCUUGCGUCGUCGGAGGAUGAGAUUAACAGUGGGGAGAUUGAGGUGGCGGCCAACCACAACUAUGGCGACUUUCAACCGUCCCAGCAGACGUUCAACUUUGCCGGAUACUGAGCAUGAUCUUCCUGUCGCGCUCCUCCACAUGCCCCCGUCACCCAUGCCCGCCGCCAACCUCGUACAGCAAAGAUCUAUGUUUUAAUAGAGCCCAACAGCAGCAGCAGAAGAAGAAUAAGAAGAAGAGACGAAACAUACACACAGCAUAGGACAACACAAGGAGGGGAAAGAAUGCGUACGACGUGUAUUACGAAGAAGUAGCAGCAGUGUCCAAGAUCAGUGUCAAUGUGCGAGCGCCCGCGCGCAAUCCAGCUGAAAGUGAAAUCACAUUCGAAGAGGGUGGGGGGGGGGGGACAACAACCGGAAACGGAUGCCGUAAUCCCGGAAGGUUUGAGCUUUCACGGUCUCUUACUCGUUCGCACUGUCCUCGUGAUCGUGUGUGCUGGCCCAAAAGCCGGUUUGGUAAGUUUUUCCCGCCUCUUCACUCUCGAUCGUUGCUGCUGCUGCUAUCGAUAUUGUCCACAAGGCUGCGCAAGCUUCCCGGUGGACAAUGCGGACACUCCCGGACAGAAGAUGCGAUCGCAAAUUUUGUAUUUAUUUAUGUAACUAUAUCUAUAGCGGAUCCGAGAGAGAUAGAAAGAGAGAGAGAGAGAGAGAGAGAGAAAGGCGCCGUUGCAGAGACGCGUAACAGAAUUAGUAGAUUGUAUAUUGGUUGUGUUUUUUCUUCUUCUCUCCCUUCAUUCCAAUUUCCAUUUCGUUCGCACUGUUAUCAUCAUUACCAUUCAUUAUUACUACUACUACUUCUACUACUACUACUACUACUACUACUUUUGUUGAUAUUGUUUUGUGUUUCCUGUUUUCUCUAAAAACUAAGAUGAUUGUGAAACGAUUUAGUGAAAUAAAUGAAUGAGCUAAGUAAGCAACAA